AAGGGGGGGGGGAAGUUAGUUAGGUUAGUGAGAGGGCUGUGAUUUUCAAUGCGCAGUACAGUCAUUACCAAUGUCUGCGUUAGAGGAGCCGUAAACUUUUGGGAAAGUCACCCGGACAGCGCAUUUAAAGAGUUCAAAUACUUCAGAAGAAGUUUAAACGAUAAACUGUAGUAGAUAUGCGCGUUUCCACAUUUAUUGGGGUGUUCUCGGGAAGCAGAAAAACACAUCGUUGCCUACUUUUUUUCGCAAGGCUUGGAUAAUUAAUAAAGUGGACGGACAGAAAACGGCUUUGAGCUGUUUGGAUUAAUUUUUUCGGCGUUUUAUGGUUGCAGGCAACUUUCCUGUUUACACCAUUUCAGCCGGAUAAAAAGAAGAGCUCAGUUUUAUCUGGAGUCAUGGAUCCGAGCCAGCACAACCCUCCUGCCGGCCAUCAGAUCGUCCAUGUUCGGGGAGACUCCGAGACCGAUCUGGAGGCUCUUUUUAAUGCUGUGAUGAACCCGAAAAACGCCAUCAGCCCCCCUUCCGUGCCGAUGAGGAUGAGAAAGCUGCCAGACUCCUUCUUCAAGCCGCCAGAGCCAAAGUCCCACUCCAGACAAGCCAGCACGGAUGCAGGUACUGCUGGCACCCUCACGCCCCAGCACAUCAGAGCACACUCCUCACCCGCCUCCCUGCAGCUGGGUGCAGUUUCUCCUGGCACCCUGAGCAGCAUGGUUCCAGCAAACCCCCAGCCUCAGCACCUCCGCCAGUCUUCUUACGAAAUACCUGAUGAUGUGCCGCUGCCCCCAGGCUGGGAGAUGGCCAAGACCCCUUCGGGCCAGAGAUACUUCCUAAACCAUAAUGACCAGACGACCACCUGGCAGGAUCCACGUAAGGCCCUCCUUCAGAUGAACCAGGCCGCCCCAGCCAGCCCAGUGCCUGUGCAGCAGCAGAACAUCAUGAACCCUGCCUCAGGUCCUGUUCCUGAUGGUUGGGAGCAAGCUAUUACCUCAGAAGGAGAGAUCUACUAUAUCAAUCACAAGAACAAAACCACCUCUUGGCUGGACCCACGACUUGACCCGCGUUAUGCUCCUGUCAUUGAGGUCGAUGAACUGCUGACAUUUGGAGGAACUUUUUCUCACCAACUUCAGAAACACUUCUAUGACUAUGAACCAGCAGCGAAUUUCCCAGAGUGCUCCAGUGAAGCAAGGCUCCCAGUUGCCCUCCAGCCCACAGAGCGGAGUGCUGGGUGGAAACAACCAGAUCAGGCUGCAGCAGAUCCAGAUGGAGAAAGAGAGACUGAGGAUCAAACAAGAGCUCCUUCGCCAGAGACCCCAGGAGCUCGCCCUGAGAAACCAGCUGCCGACCAGCAUGGAGCAGGAUGGCGGCACUCAAAACCCUGUGUCCUCACCCGGCAUGGGACAAGACGCCCGUAACAUGACCACCAACAGCUCUGACCCGUUCUU